GUAUAUAUAGCCGGUUUUUCACUCGUCUUGCAACCCUGACUGCCAAACUGCGAAAAAUUCGGGAAACAUUUUGAGGCUCGACAGAAAUUUGUGUCGUAUUGUAAAGAAAACUAUAAUAUUUCGGAGCGUUUUCGAAUUCUGUGCAGCUAAGGUACACUCAGGUCAAGCAGAGGAUACCUGAGAUACCAAACGCAAUGGACUUUCGUCAAAUGAAUAGAGACGCUUACGGAGUCGGCCAGCGGCGUGGAAUGGGAACUUCAUCUGGCGGCGCUGGUGGUGGUGGCGGCGGCUUGGGUCCCCAGUCAAGUUCGUUUGGAAAUUCUUCCGGAUUUGGUAAUUAUGGUGGAGGUGGCGGCGGUGGUGGUUACGGAGGUAACCGUAACCAGAGUCCGGAUGGCGGAAACUUCAACCGCGGCAACUACAACGCCCAAAGCAGUGGCGGCGCCAACCGCGAUUUUAAUGGCCCCGGCUCCAACAACAACUGGCGUUCUUUCGAUGAUCGCAGUGGCUUUAAUUCGAAUAACCAGCGCUUCGAGAACUCAAAUAAUAAUUCCGAUAUGCGGCGCGGUGACUUCGAGGAUAACUUCCGUUCCCAGGGCCAGCAGUCCAAUAUGGGACGUCUGAUGGACCAGCAGCCCAUCCGAAACUCCGGUAAUUUUAACCAGGACAAUUUUAAUCGUGGCAAUCAGCAGUCGCAGUCAAGGUUCUUCGAAGAUGAAAUAAGGAAUCGGGGCUCUUUUGGACAAAACGAUGGCGCCGCCUUUGGCGGCAAUUCCCGUUCCUUUGGUGGGAACGGCAACUUGGCCGACAACUUCAACGAGCAGCCAUCGCCCAACUUCGGCGAUCAGCGUGCCGGCUUUAAUGACAAUUUUGGACGCAACGGAGGUGGCGGAAACUUUGGCCAAAACUUUGGCUCUUCUCGCUCCAACUUCCAGGAGGACAAUCGCGACUUUGAUAAUUUCAACAACCGCGGAUCGGGCGGCUUUAAUAAUAGCUCUGGUGGAUCGGGUGGCUUCAACAACAACUCUGGUGGAUCGGGAGGCUUCAAUAAUAAUUCUGGAGGACCAUCUGGAGGUUACAACAAUUCUGGAGGAGCGGGCGGCUUCAAUAAUUCGGGAGCAUCAGGAGGUUACAACAAUUCCGGAGGAUCUGGAGGCUACAACAAUUUCGGAGGAUCAGGAGGCUUCAACAAUUCGGGAGGAUCAGGAGGCUUCAACAAUUCGGGAGGAUCGGGCUUUAGCAACAACAUUAGCCGCAGCUUCCAGGAAGCCAACUCUCGCAACUGGAACAAUUCACAGUCGACUUCAUUCCAGAGUUCCGGAUAUCAGUCCGCCGGCGGAGGGGGUGGAGGUGGCGCCCUUUCUGGCUGGGAAGCGAGUCAGCGUGCCUUCAACUCGAAGCGCAACCAGCUACAGAAGGUUAACGUCAACAACGGAGGAGCUGUUCGAAAACCAACACAGCAGCCUGCUGUCAAGGCAGUGCAGAAUAUCCGUAACAAUCCAAAGGCGGCGGCCGUAGUCCGUAAGAGUAUUACCAACAAUGGAAACAAACCAUCGGUGAAGCCAGUUGGCGGGCCGAACAAGGCUCCAAUUGGAGCACCCAAUAAGCCGAAGGCGGCUCCCACUUCCGGCAAUGCCAGUACAGUCGUCAGAAAAGCUCCCGUUUCCGGACAGCAACCAGGCAAAGUGGCGACCGGAUCAGGAAAAGUUGAUACUGGAGCUCCCAAGACUGGACCAGGGGCAGGCAGAACGGGAACAGCUGGCAAGAGCGGACCGCCAGUCAAUAAAGGUGGCCAAGGGCAGGCCAGACCUCCAGCUCAAGGUGGCAAAUCGGCGGCUCUGAUUCCGAAAAAUAUUCCAGUUUCCAAUAUUCAAGAUCCGGAAAUCGGACAAAAGCGCGUAGCUCCACCACCACCACAGUCGAACGAGCCAGUAUCCAAGGCCGAAAAGAAGUGGCGUCGCGUGGCUCGUAAGCGCGGCUUUCUAAUGGGCGGCUUCAAGAUUCCCUAUCUGAACGAUCAGCCGAGGAAGAUGCCCCAGCCGGAGGCCGACUCGUACGCCGUGGCCUUCUUUGAGCAACAUUUCAAUUACAGUACAAACCAGGACGCCGACGACGAGGACUAUUCGUCGGCUGCCAUCGUACUGAACGAGGACUCGGAGGAUGAAGGCGUGGACGAUGCAAAGUCCUCCCGCAAGGUCAGCAAGCGCUGCCGGAAGCGGUUGAGAAGCGAGUGGGCGCCGCUCUAUGAGUCGAAGAAGUACAAUGACUGGGCUAACUGGUGGAAGGACUACAAGACUGUUGGCGAGGAGAUCAACAAGCAGCUCAAGGAUUGCGGCGAUCUUAACCUGGAGCACUGCUUCCUCCCCAAUUUACCAAAGCUCUCCACCGAGCAGGUGAUCUUCGCUAUCAUUAAGUCAGCCCAUUACGGCCUUGGCAAGAACGCAGAUGUGCCGUUCGACACCUUGAAGACUAUCUUCACUUUAAUGAAUCGGACUUUCUUGGAUAACGUUACCGAGGUGAACAUGCAGGAAAUCCAGGACAUCAUUCGCGGUAUACCCAACGACCUCUGGGUAUACAAGAUGAAGAGUAUGGUCUACUUGUGGGUCAAGUACAAGGCUAUCGCCAACUCCACUUCCAAGGUCGAGGACGCUGUCCGGGAUCAGCAGGCUACGGCCCGAGAGUGGAAGAGCCCAUGUUUCCACUGGCUGGCCAAGCAGGCCUUCGACGAAAUAUUUGCAAUUAGCGCUACCGAAUGGGAUAAGCAUGCCGAAACAUUUCCGGCUGCUGUUCAGGAGUAAGUGCAAUUGACGUAGAAAAACGAACAUUGCAUCCCUCAUUUACUCAAAGUUCGACCGCAUGAAGAACCCACAUCCGAUGCAUUGUAGAUCAUCUUCUGGAUUAUUAUACGGAACAUAAUGUUACGCAACUAGAUUAUAUUAAAGACCUUUAUAUGCAUAAAAAGAAAACAAAAAAAAUCUGUCUACAGCAAGUAGUAUAUUUAAAUAAAGAGACGCGCGACGAAUACAGAUCAACAGAUGAGUAAUUAUGCUCCAAUAAUAAGUAUAGUGUUUUAAAAUUUUGCAAAAUAUAAAUUUUUGGAUGAUUGUAAGACCGAUUGUAAGACCUUAGAUGAAUCCUACUCAUAAUUUAGUUUUGUAAUUGGAAUAAUUGAAAAUAAAUAGCCUGCCAGCAAACAUACUA